AUGUCAAGGAAGGAAUCGACAUUUCCAGAUGAUAAUGAGGAAAGACCUUACAAAUGUACUGUUUGUAAUAGAGGGUUUCAUAGAUUGGAACAUAAAAAGAGACAUAUGCGUACACAUACUGGUGAGAAACCUCAUAUGUGUAAUUUCCCAGGUUGUGGUAAAAGUUUCAGUAGAAGUGAUGAAUUGAAGAGACAUCUAAGAACACAUUCGGGUAAUACUAGUCGUAAUUCUAAAAGAUUUAAUAAUAGAGGAAUUCAAGGUCCAAUGGUUAAUGUUUAUGAAGAAAAUGGACAAACUAUAAUCUUCCCACAGCCUGUUGGAACACCAGUACAAACCAUGGCAAUUAAUAUUCCAACCAUGAAUAAUGGAAUCUUUUCACCAACCCCUCAACCUGGUAUUUUCCCAAUGAUGGUUCCUUUCAUGAGUACGGGUUAUCAAACUUAUCCAACUUAUAUGACUGGAAUGCCGCAAUCACCAAUGCAAUAUGCCAUGCCACAAUCAAUGACUCCUCCUCCACCAUCUCAACAACAACAAACUUCUAUACCAAUGUCACAACAGACCAAUUUUAAUAACAUUAAUAAUACUGCAUAUUAUCCACAAUAUCAAGGUUUUGUAACUUCAAACAGUUCGAUGACACUAAGCGAUGUAUCUUCUGUUUUCUCUAACAACAAGCUUCCAAGUAAUGCUAAUAAUAAUCAAAGCAAUAAUAUGAAUAACAAUAUAUUAUCAGUGAUAGAAUCACCUCGUUCGGAAUUAAAUGAGGUAGACGUAGUAAUUCCAGAAGCAAAGACUACUACCCAAAAAUUUUCAUCGACUAUUAAGAAUGCUUUAAGUGUUCUUCCUGUAAUUAAACCAAUUACUUAUAAAGCAAAGAAAGGGAAAAUUCUGAAGCCAACAUCGGGUAAUGAGCUGAGAUCUGUGUCGAACACAAACAGUAUCAUAUCUAUAAACACAGCAUUAACUAAUAACAAACAUUUUGAUCAUGAAGAUAUAACUACUACAGAUAAUGCUAUUCCAAGAUUGAGCAAAAAAGAUUCAACUUUCUUAGAGGUUAGUCUGGGUCCAAGAGGUAGAAUAAGACAAAAGGCCGACUUUCAUCUUUCAACUGAUGAAGAUGAUACAUCUUCUGAUGAAGAGAGGAAAGUUAAUGACAGCAGUAGUGUCUUAACAAAUAAAAGCUUAUCAAGCUCUACAAACUUUGAUGUACAAUUGCCACCAAUGAGAAAUAUUCUAAAUCAGAUAGAUGUUUUUAACAAACCUGUCAAUUAA